AUCGCGAGUCUUACGUCCCGCACUUUCUACUUUUUCUGACUCUAUACGCAUUAAGCUACUGAAGUCUGAGGUGGCGAUGCUCGCCAAGUUUUGCACACCUCCACGACCUGUUAAUAGCCAAUCUACGAGAACAAACUAUAGCGGCGAUGUCGUCUGCUGAAGAGGUCCGCCCGUCCAAUACUGCGCCCUCCGUUGCAUAGAGCUCGCUUGUACAUCGCAGUAUAGAGGCCUGGGGAGCACCCACUCACGAGAGGUACGCAAUGGCCAAAGAAUCUUUACAGUUCUAUACCGAUUUGGACCAUUUUUUUGGAUGAGCCACCGGUACUUUUGUUCUGGAUUUUCCAACGAAGAGAAGCUUUCCUAUCACAGAAAGUGAUGACCAAGUGGAGCAAGGAUCGCCUAGAUGAUUAUGUCUUUUUUCCUGCUUCUGAUGGCUUUGUCAUACGAGAUGAAUGUUACUUCCUUAGUCACUUCUGGCGCACGCAAGAUGACCCCGAUCCUGGUGGGGAAUAUUUACGCCUUGUUCAAAGAGAACUGAAGCAACAACAUUGGUCGUAUAUCUGGAUCGAUUGGACAUGUAUGCCACAACAUCCCCGCAAUCAGAAAAAAGAAAUCUACUUCCUUCGAUCGCUAAGAACAAUGCCGGGGAUUAUUCGAAACUGUGGGUUUAUGUGGUUUUACCCACCUUUUGAACCACGGCUGUGGAUCUUGUACGAGAUAGCCGAGUACACACUUACAUGCUUCAACGGGCUUCAGGGACAUAUAACCCCAGACAUUAAGGAGUUUGCAGACCACAUCAACGAGAUGUUACAGGACGGAGUCCGUUCGACAUUGAGCAAAUAUGGCUAUAGAUGCACGUACGACCGCGACAAAGAAUUCCUCACCUCCUGGCUGGAAGUUCUUGUUCUUCCAAGAAAACUGUCCAUCGACAUUGACGACGUCAGAAAGUUAAUGGAUUACCUCACAUGGUCACCGAGUACAGAAAUGGUCAUGUUGUUUACCAUGAGUGGCCUCGUGAAGUUUUGCCCGUUUGAAGGCACUUGAUUCUCAACGGAGAUGGUCACACAUUUACGCCAUUCCCCAAA